AUGUCCGCUCAGAACUCCGCAGGCAUUCAGACCCUCCUCGAUGCUGAGAGAGAGGCUCAGAAGAUUGUUCAGCAAGACCGCACGAAGCGAGUGAGGGACGCCAAGUCCGAAGCGCAGAAGGAGAUCGAGGAAUACAAGAACCAAAAGGAGGCCGAGUUCAAGAAGUUCGAGGCUGAGCACUCCAGCGGGUACAAGAAGGCUGAGGACGAUUCGAACAAGGAGGCCGAGGUGAAGCUCCAGGAGAUCAAGGACGCCGGCAGCAACAAGGGCAGCAAGGUUGUGGAUGAUCUGAUCCAUGCGACUGUGGACGUGAAGCCCGAGCCGUCGGAGAAGAUCCUGGUCAAGACAUAA